GAAUGCAUCAGAGCCGGGCUCAGCAGCAGCAUAUGGCUGGAGCAACAGCUUGUCGUCUCAAUUAUCUACAAGACACUCUCUUAUGGCAUGUUUCACCACCAUAAUGCUCUCUGGACAGCCGUCAGCUCUCAGUUUGCUGAUUGCAUAUGAUGCAAGCAAUUCGAUACUCUUCCUCAGCCAAUCGACACCCCCCCAGGGUUUCUCCUUUUGGCAAUCCCAAAGGGUACACACCCUCAAGCAUGCUGGCUUGGAUAAGCCUAGUAAUUCUGUCAGACCAGAAAAACCUGCACAAAAGUCGGACGGGUGAGCUCGGUGCAUCAAAUCACCGGGCCAUUCACAUUUCCCAGGUUGUCACCCUGUGUCAAAGACC